CAGACUCAAUCUCUCGUUUGUUUGAAACGGCCUUUCCCUCACAAAGCUCAAACUUACAAUCUUCAAUUAAAAUUGAUCUCGUAAUUUCCCGACACCAAUUUCCUCUUAAAUUUCUCCCAGUUUCCGUUAUUUCUAAUCAUUAUGCCGGUCUGCAUAUUGACGUGUGAGGUUCGCAACGACAACCCCGAUUCGUGGCACAUCUCCAUUUUAGGUUUAGAUUCCAAGUCUGCAAGCGAAAUGAGGUCACGCCAUACCGACCUUGACCCCGGACCAGAGUCGGCCUUUGAAAUGUGUCUUUUUCAUUAUGAAGUCCGGCCCAUCGUCUGUCGAUUUCUUGUCCGACCUGAGAUCAAUCACAUAUUUGAGGCCAUGGAGAAUAGGCCGGAAGCGAUUUUGAAAUUAGCUGCCAAAUAUAUCAACACCUUGGAAAGUUUAAAUUAUAAGUUGAAGAGCACCACGCCCAGUUCCUCCGAAGGAAAGAGCAAGUGGACCUUUACUUUGCGAAGUUCGCCGAGUAAAAGUCCACUUUCGAAGUUGAAACGAAGUAGUAAAUAAAGUAAUCAUGCUAGUUUUUUUUAUCACAACUUUCGAUAAUCACUUGAAAAAUAUUGAUAUUCGUGAAUACUUAAUUUGUCCUUCGCAAAGAGCAUGUUUUUUGCUCAAGUUCUUGUAUAAUUUGCGUUCAUUCUUUGGGGAAUAAUAUGAAAAUAAAGUGAGGCAUUUGCCUCUUUAAUCUGUGCAAAAUA